AUGGAACAAGUCUCCACAAAGAAAAGACAUAGAGAAGAGGAGACAAAUGAUUACAAAGCGGUCAAGAAGAAGCUACUCCCUCCAAAAGAGAAAGAUCCAGGAAGUUUCACCAUUCCAUGUGUCAUAGAAAAGAAAACGGUAAAUAAAGCCCUACUUGAUUUAGGGUCAAGCGUUAAUUUCAUGCCUUAUUCUUUACUUGAACAAAUGGGGGAUAUUAAAGUCAAGCCUAUAAAGAUGAAUUUGUUAAUGGCGGAUGGUUCUUCAAAGAAUCCGUAUGGUAUAGCAGAGGAGUUUAUGGUUUGUGUUGGAGAACUAAAAUUCUUGGUGGACUUUGUGGUGAUGGAGAUGAAGGAUGAAAGAGUUCCUAUUAUUCUUGGAAGGUCGUUUAUGAAAACGGCUAAAGUCAUCAUUGAUGUAGAUGAAGGAAUAGUGGUGUUUCAAGACCGAGGAAAAAAUGUGGUUAUUGAUGUCUUCAAAGAGGAACAACAGACAGAGACUAGUUAUAAAGCUACAUAUCAAGAUGUACUCAUGAUUAGUCCUCAAGAUGCAAAGCCAAGCUUCAAAGGUUGUGGAUUGUUAAAGACUAUAAGAAAGAUGGAGUGA